GGCCAUUUAAGACCAUUUGAAGAUGCAGAUCAAGGACGUCAACAGAUGUGUGUACCUUGAUAUCAGGAUCGACGAUGAAAAGAUUGGUCGUGUUGUGAUAGAGCUGCUUGAGGCGGAUGCGCCGAAGGCAUCCGAGAACUUUCUACACUUGUGUAGGGGAGAUGUUACUCUGAAGGACGGUACUGUGUUGACCUUGGAAGGUAACCAUUUCCAUAGAGUGGUGAAGAACUUCAUGGUCCAGGCCGGAGACCUGACAUACGGGUCAGGCGCCAAGCUGGAGGACAAGGUUGGACUCGGAGGCGCUUCCAUGUGGUCUGACGGCUUGAUCAAGGAUGGUGAGUUGGCAACUGGGUUCUUUGAGGACGAGAACAUGGGCGAAUUCGGGUCUACUUUUAACGUUGCCAUGGCCAACAGUGGAGCCAAUACCAAUGCAUCCCAGUUCUUCAUCAAUACCUAUCCUUCACCGCACCUGAAUGGGAAGCACUCUAUCUUUGGGAGGGUGAUCCAUGGCAAGUCCACUGUCAGAACCGUCGAAUACGAGCGGAUCGACGAGAACGGCACCCCACUGAGAAGCAUCGUCAUUGAGGCAUGUGGUGAAUGGACCGAGGAUCUGGGUGUCCCUGUGUAUAACGCAUCGUAUAGCACACUGGCAGGCGACGUAUACGAGGAGUUCCCAGAUGACGAUGACCAUUUCGACAAGGACAAGUCCAGCGAGUCCUUCGAGGCAACAACGAGGAUUAAGGACUCUGGGUCGCAAUUGUUCAAGGCCAAGAACUACCUGGAGGCGUACCUCAAGUAUAAGAAGGCCCUCAGAUACGUUAACGAGUUCAUACCGGACAUCGACACCGACGCAGAGUAUGCGCCAAAGUUCGAGGAUCUGAAGAAGAAGAUCUACAAUAACUUAUCGCUGACAUGCAUCAAUCUGAAGGACUACACCAAGGCCCAAACAUAUGCCACGUAUCUGCUAGAGUCUCCAAACAUCACCACAACAGAGAGGGCAAAGGGCCAUUACAGAAGAGGUGUCUGUCUCUACGAAUUUGGCAAGUACGAGGAUUCGUACAAGGAUUUCAAAGCGUGUCUCGAGCUGAAUCCGAACGACGAGGCAGUUAAGUCGAAGGUGAAGACGCUGGAGAACAAGCUACAGGACCUGAAGGAUAAAGAGAAGAGACAAUACGCAAAGUUCUUUAGCAAUUGAUGUAUACUCAUUUUGGCGUAAAGCUGUGUAAGGCCCGGUGUACAAUGGCGUAAAAUGGCGUAAACGAAAACGAAAGCGAAAAACAGACACGCCAA